UGUGGGUGAUGUCAAAUACGCGUCACUCCAAUUAAAUUAUCUACUACAAUUAAUUUACAAAAUGCAUUGUCGAGAACAAUUUCAUAAUGAAUCGCCCGAGUACCUUUUCGAUCAAGAGCAAAGAAAAGAAACGUGGAAAAAACGUCCCGUCUAUUCCGCUCCCGUUAAAAUUGCGAAUUGGAACGAAGAUCUCUUUCUUGAGGAGGAAAAGGAGCGCGUUGCGAGCUACAAGAGAGACCAUUGCCAACUAUUGAUCCAAAAAACGCGAAAAAUUUUCAAGAAUCUGCUGAAAAGUGUUAUAUUGGCUCCGGAAACUCCGUACGUUCUGUACGGGUACGUUUAUCAAAUACAAGCUUGUGAUUUACCCAACAAACUGAAUCCCGAUGAGGGUUCUAAGGCGACGUACGGGUUAUACUUGUCGGGUAUUAUGAACGAAAGGGAUUUAGAUGUCGAUACCCAUUUCAUACACGGUUGCGGUUUGUGCUUAUCCCCCGACAAAGCGCCUUGUGUGAGAAACACUUUCCUCUUCGUCGGAUGUGAUGGUCAAUCCAAUGGACAGUCUGUGUAUUACGGCGAUGACGUUUAUAUACGAAUAAGCGAGUCGGGAACCGAUAGCCAUUUGUACCUUCAAUGCGAGAACGCAACAAUGGAUGAUUUCGGGGGCCAUCUGCAGUUGCGCUUAACUCAAAGUCCAGAUCUUUAUUGCAGAUUUAAGGUGUACCAUUGGAAUCCAAAUUUGAGGGACGAAACGGCCGGUUCGGGAUUUCCUCCCAACGCCAGAGUCAUAAUAAAGCAUUCGGCGUCGGGAAGAAAUCUGGCGGGGGAGUACACGUAUUGGAUUCCAACGUUGUUUGGGGCCGAAUGUUCCGUAUCAUGCCACACUUAUCGGGACACCCACAAACUGGAGACGGCGGAAAAUUAUUGGAAAAUUGUAAGCGAUGUGAAACCCGAUAUAAAUUUGUAUGUUCGCGCGGCGAAAGGGGAAGACAUUCCCGUGGAUUUACUCAACUAAUACUGGGAAUAAUAUAAUUAAAUUUAAAUAGACCCUUAAAUUAUUGAAUAUACCUAAUGGACAAAU